AGGAAAUUACAUUUGAAAAGGCGGGGUAUGUGGUUUAUAUUUGAGGACUAGAAAAAUAAAUGUCAUUACAGAUUUACAACAGCAGACUACGCUUGUACAACACAAUUAUCAACUGGAGCAAGUAAACGUUACAAUAAUUGACAGCUAGUUACCUACACUGUCAGGAAUAAAAGAUGGAGAAAAGACAUACAAAAAUACGGUAAUGCUAUAGGUUAACGUUAUCUUGCCCGCCAAAGUGUUUCUUCUUCGUCGUCUUUAUAAUAAAUGGCCGGUUUAUAUGUAAACAUUUGUAUCUUCAAAAAGUGUAUCCGAACACAAUAGGGGGGUUCCUUUUGCAUAACGUUAUAGUUGUUACACCCUAACUUGCCAGUGUUAGCCGGCUAGCUUGUUUCUUCAUUGAGUUUAUAGCAGCGUCUUUUUAGUUGAUAACUAGCUAGCAGCUUGCAUUCAUAACCUAUAACCCUCAGAGGUGGGUGUUUGGAAGCGCGGCGUCUGCAGCUUAAUUAAAACAUGGCGGAUUCGGAGGAAUUUAGACUUAAACGAUUGAAGCAUGAGGAGCGCCUGUCCAGAGUGUUUGACGAAGUGAUGGGGCUUGGAGAGUUUGCUGACUCCUCCAGGGGCUCUGCCACCUCUUCCAAGAGCGGAGGUCAGGACGAGACAAAGGAAGUAGACGAAACGUCAGGACAAGAGGAACACCAACAAGUAGAAGAAGAGGAUAGCAACAGCAGCAGACAAGAAGAAAAGAUGGAUGAGGGGAUGGGAGAGCCAUCCUUUCCUCGCAUUUCUUCUCCUUCCUCUGACCGUCACUCCUCGUUUACCAUGGGAACCAACAAAGCAGGAGGAGGAGGAAGUGGUGGGGCAGCAUUUGAUGACGCACUAGAUGGCCUGCCUUCAUUUGGGCCAGAAGAAGAAGAUGAUGAAGACUGGCACUUUGCCCUGCCAAUGGGCACCCUGGAGAAUCUUCAUGUGGGUAAGACAAACAGCAAAAGAAGCCCACCAGGAGUGGGAAACAACGUAACUCGGGGCAAUCCCUUUGCUUGUCAGCCCAGAGAGGAGGAGGAGGAGGAGGAGGAUGAGGAGGAGGAGGAGCAAGAGAGGGAAGGGAGCAAUGGGUCUGCUAAUACCUCGCACUCCUCCCAGGACCACACAUGUGACAACAGCCAAGAUGGAGGCGUCCUGAACCACACAGAGGAGACGGACGACAGUCAGCUGGGAGAGAGGUCAGAGGCAGCUCCAAUGGAGGACAGUAAUCCCCAGAUGUCUCCUACUAUCAAUAUUAAAGAUGAGCCUAUUGAUGAGGGCUACGACGCUGCUUUACUGCCUCAGAGCUCCAUCAGACAGAUCAAAGAGGAGCUGGAACAUCAGGAGGAAGAGCUCAGGAUCAGCUCUGUCUACUCUGUAGGUGGAGGGAACACCUUUGCAUCCCCUACCAUUCCAGCAGCAGUCCCAGCCCCCCCUUCGGCAGCCAUUUUUAUCCCAGGUAGAGGUGCUGUCCUACAAGCCAUGACUCCCCUCCCUGUCAGACCACCAGCUCCAGUCCCAACUUCACUACCGGCUCUGGCACCAGUACCCCCACGCCCACCUCAGCCCCCUGUUCCUGGUAGUGUUCGCUGCAGUGGCUGCUCCAAGGUUCUGCUGAAAGGCCAAACAGCAUUCCAAAGAAAAGGUUCGACGCAGCUCUUCUGCUCCACAGUCUGUCUGACCGGCCAUCUGCCUCCAGCCAACAAGAACCGAUCCUGUUUCCAGUGCAACAGGGAGAUUCUUCAGCCCAGGGACAUGAUCACGAUUCCAGCAGACAACAACAUCUACAUGCACUUUUGUGGCCAGUUCUGUCUGUCUGUCUUUAGACACAAAAAGAAACAAGCUGAGAAGAUUCCUGAUAAAUGGGCUGACAAACAAGUGGAGAGGAAGCCUGAGAAACCACCUGAGAAACCAGCAGAGCGACAGCCAGAAAAACCCUUUUGCAGUGUCUGCAGAGUCUCUAAUAGGCUGAUUGAGCAUGAGGUCACCCAUCAAGGUCGUCUGCACAGACUCUGUAGUAAUGCUUGUUUUGUAACGUGGCGCAAGAUGCGGCAGUUAGCCAUGAACUGCUGUGAAGGCUGCGGACUUUAUUGUAAUAGCAACUCAGGCUCCUGUCAGACGCUCACAAUUGAAAGAACUCAGCUCAACUUCUGUGGUCCUACCUGCAUUGGCACCUACAAACAGACCUGCAGAAAGACGGUUGAGUGUGCCUACUGUCACAAAAUGGCAAUAGUGUCCUCCACCAUCAUGGAACGAGACCAAAAGGGCAAAGUUCAGCUUUACUGUUCAUCUGCUUGUGUGGAACAAAGUCGACCACCCCGACACAUUCUCACUGGUGCUGCAUUCCCCUGCUGCUUGUGCAAGGUUUCAGCUGUUCCUCAGUAUCAUCUGGCCAUGGUGGAUGGCACCAUUCGUAACUUCUGCUCCUAUGACUGCGUUUCUAUAUACAGGAAGUCCGGGCACACCUCUCAGCCAGACCUGAUCAAUGGAACCUCCUCUCUCAGGGACCCCUCCUUUAGAGAUGUCCCAAAACCGGGGCCCUCUGCCGGAGCCAGCUCAGUCCCUCCCAUCCCUCAGGACUGCCCAUCUUCAGUCCCCUACCCGGGCCACCAUCCCAGUCAUACCUCAGUGCCCCCACUGGUGCCACCCUACCCAGCCAUGUCCUCACCCUCCGUCCCAGGGCAAGCCCAGGCCAGAGCACCUGCUGGUCAGCCCCCGAAACCAGCAGAGGGUGGGCCCAGCAACACCUCCAAGCUAACCUGCCAUCAGUGCAGCAAACACUUCAACAUCAAGCCGCAGCUAUUCAGUCACCAAGGUCGUAUUUCUAUGUUCUGCAGUAGGACGUGUUGUGAGCAGUACAAAACCCAGAAGAAUAUCCUGGUGGUGUGUGAGUGCUGUAAACAGGAAAAAGUGCUCUUUGACACCAUCAGCUACAACCAACAGGACCUAGUCUUCUGCAGUGAAAGCUGUAAGCUACUCUUCAAACAUGACCUUACAUCUCAAAACAAGGAUCAUCCCUGGCGUCCCUGCACCUACUGCUCCGGCAUCGGCCAGAAGAUGCUGCACAGCCACUAUGGAGGCAGGAUGGAGGAGUUCUGUAAACCCCACUGCAUGUCCCAGUACACUGUACUAUACUAUGGGAUGGGUCGAUGUGACAGUUGUAGGAAACAGGGCUACAUGACUGAGAAGCUACAGUGUUUGGGCUCAGUCCGUAAUUUCUGCAACCUGCCCUGCCUGCUGCAGUACUGCUACCUGCAUUUUGAGAUGAGCCAACACACCAGCAGUACCAACGGUACUGGAACAGCCCCACAAACACCAUAUGCUCCAACCCAGCCCCACCACUCCUCAAAGAUGAAUCCUGUCAUAGCUGAUGUGGUGUCACUGGCCAAUGGCUCUGCCACUCAGCCCAGUGUGUCGGCAGAUACUGCUCUGACUGGAGCACUUCCGACCUCCAACGUUGAUGGCAAGAACCUAGACCAUGCCAGUACGCAGACCGAUGCCAUGCGAGUGCCUGUGUCCCGUCGACGUCAAAUGAAGAACAAGUCAGUUCUGUGUCGGCCCUUCACCAUGGACCAAGAGAGCAUGUGCCAGCUGCCCACACCUUCCACUGAAGCUCUGGCCUCAGCAGGAGAGGAGAAGGUGAAAGUGUUAAUGGUGCCAGUCCCAGUACCGGUCUUCAUUCCAGUGCCUAUGAAUAUGUACUCCCAGCAUACACCUGUUCCAAUGCCUAUGCUCUUGCCUGUUCCAGUACCUAUGGUAGUACCACCACAGAACAAGGACGUGAAAGAUGCAGCAGUCCAAUCAGAGCCUUUGGCUGUGAAGGAAGAAAAACAGAAAGAUGGGCCUGUUUCCAGUGCAGACCAGAGCAGCUCUCAUAGCGGAGACAUGAAGUCAGAGGUGGUCACUCCCAUAAUCCGUGAAGAUGAGGAGCCUCAAAAAGCAGUGCAAGCCAAGCUGCCUCUUACUGUAAGUUCAGAGAGGAGCACAGAGUCGACAGAUCCCCAACUUAAUACCCAGCCAGAGGGGAGCACGACGACAAGCGACCCACCUACCACCAGCGCAGAGCAUCAGCCUCCCUCCUCUCCAAUGAUGGACUUGGAGAGUGACUUCCCAUCUGAAUCGUUGGAUCAGAAGCCAUCUUCCCCACGGCGAGGAGUGAAGAGACCCAGAGAAGGUUUCUCUGGCCGGAAACGGGGUCGAAGGCGAAUUGUUUCGCUGGACCGCAGUGCAGUGGUGACUCCAGCCGCCUCCAAGCUGAACCACCUGUAUGGGGUUAAAGCCUGGAAGAGCUGGGUCCAACAACGAAACAAACAGAAAGAAUCCAAUCCAGUGGAUAUUAAAGAAGACGUCCUUCAGUGUGACUCUGCUGAGCUGAGCUUUGCUCUGUCUCGCUUCAUCAGAGAAGUGAGACGGCCCAAUGGAGAGACCUACAGCCCAGACAGCAUCUUCUACCUCUGUCUGGGGAUACAGCAGUAUCUGUUCAUGAAGGGCCGCAUAGAGAACAUCUUUACUGACGAGCUGUACACUCAGUUUGCCACAGAGAUCACUGGGAUGCUGCGUCUCUGGAAACCUAAACUACUACCUAGUGGUGGUGUUGUUUCCUCCCGUGUUGUGGAGUCCUACCUGUGGGAGUGUAAGCAGCUGGGUGCCUACUCCCCAAUAGUGUUGCUCAACACGCUGCUCUUCUUCUGCACCAAGAACUUCCGCUUCACCACACUGGCGCAGCACCAAAGCCUCUCCUUUACCAACUUCACUCGACGCUCCAAGCCCUGCAGCCGAGCCAGCAAAGUCCACUACCUCCGAUACCAGAGAAGUAGCGCUGCCACGCCCCGCCGAGAGGACACAGAGCGAUUGAGAAAAAGGCAGGGAGAGGAAGUGGGAGACCUGGAGAUGCUUGAAAAUGUCAACAACCCUCUACACUGUCCUGUCAGACUCUAUGAGUUCUACCUCUCUAGAUGCCCAGAGUCGGUGAAGAAGACAACUGACGUGUUUUACCUCCAGCCUGAGCAGAAUGUGCACACACACAGUUCCCACUGGUACACUUCUGAACCAUUAGAGGGCACCACUCUACAGAGCAUGCUCACACGCAUCUUGGCCGUCAGAGAGGUUCACCAGGAACAGGAAGCAGCCCAGCAUCAGUCCUCAGCCACCGCUGAUGAUGACAGUUAAACAGUGAUACAGAGCUCUGCUUCUUCACAUCGUGCUUAUGAUCUUCUCUGCAACAGAAACCUUCUCUGAAGGUGAACAGUUCACAGUGAAUUAAAGCUGUACGUACACCCAUCAGUCAUCACACUGAGACAGGAUCUUUGUAAUGGGGAGACAGAACAAAGAGAGACACAAUGACAGGACACUGUCACAGAGAGACAACUUUAAAGAACUGUGGGAUAAUUGUAUUGAGUUACCUCAGUGGCCAUCCGAUAAUGAGUUUACAAACAUCCAAUACUCUAAAAUAUGAAAAAGGGAGUGUUAAAGUGUACAUUAUUAACACAGUCCCCUUUUGUCAUCUGUGUCACACCGGAGUGAUGUUUAUGCACAUCAUUUAUCACAUGUGACAGGUUUAUUUUCUACCAGUAACGGUCCAUGCGUAGCCUUUCAGAUGUACUUUUUAUUUCAGAUACAGACGUCUGCAAUAUUAGAAUGCUGUGAGCAUGUGAGAACAGUCGGUGCUGAUGCAGAUGAAGAGAGUUUACAUCCACCAGGCACUGUCAGAUCUGUCCGUUAAGGGGUUUAAAUGUGCUGUUUUAUCGUUGUUGCCCCCCUUUGCAUCAGCACAUUGUAAUAUUGAGAGUAUUUACUUGUACAGUAUGAGUUUUAAAGGUUGAUACUGGUAUUUAAGGAUUGAAGACACGACUUGUGCUUUUAAAUUUCACCAAAACCUAAAACAAUGACAUUUUGAGCGGGUUCAUUCGACAAUGUGGCGUAUUCAUGCGUAGCUGCACAACACUUGGUAAAAAUGUCACUCAGUUCAAGUGAAGACCCACAGACAUGCAGUGUAGUUUUGAUAAAUGAAACAUUAAAUAUGGAGUUUAUCAAACUGCAUCAUAUUCAUCACAUUGGAGGUGGAUGACUUUGACUGGUUGACAUGGGGCAUUUAAUUAAAAGCCAAUAUCUGAUUUAACAUGUUGUGAAACCAGUAUACUGCACAUCACUGUAAUCCUGUGUGUAAUAAUAGAGGAGACUCACAGUGCCUGUCAUCUUUUGUUGUUUUACUAUUAUCUAGUUAGCUGAUAUUAUGUUGUUCCCCUUUUAUAUUCAUCCUGUGUGGCCUUACUUCCUUCCCAACAACUUUCCCCUCUUUGACCUUAUAUGUCCUUGGGGAUUCGCUCACUUAUUCCCUCUGGAGGUAAAGUGGAGGAGUAGCUCAUUACCCACAUCCACUUUAUUGCAGUGUAUAUAAUCUGCUAACCUCUAAACCAUUUAUAGACCACCUUGAUUGAUUUUAGAAUAUUUAGAAAUACAGCCUCACCAUUAUUAUGAAUGGGAGUGCUACAAUGGGACCUCUGCUCCUUAUAUGCUUUCCCUGUAUGCAUUCCUGUGUCUAUGUCCUGUACCUUUCCUCUUUCUAACAGUGCCAUUAUCUUCUCCUUUGAGACAUUAACGCCUCUUUUUGUUUUUCCACCUGCCUUUGUUCCCUAAUUUGAGGAGAAUAUGGAUGAGCAGCAGACAACUCAAAGUACUAGCACAAUACUUUUCAUAACUCUAACCCUUGAGGUUUCCUGUAUUAUAGCUGAUGGUGUGUAUGGUUUGUGGUAUAAUAUGGUUUUUGUUGGCCAUAAGCUUCAAUAAAAACAAGUAUUAUGACGGUGUGCCUAAGAUAUUUACCACUGUGUCAGCAGUGGUAAUCAGUUUUGUUUCUAUUCAUUCCUGUUAUCUGUAAUAGACCUUCGAUUAAAAAUGGAUUCUGAACUUCUUUCUGAAUUGGCAUAUAGAUAGUCCUGGUGACUCAAAACAGACAAAAUAUGGUCCAUAGGGUUGCUGUGAUAAACCCUCAAAAUCUAAAUCUCAACCACGGCACAUCGCUUGUCAAAGAGGUGUUAAACUUACCCAAAUAUGUCUGGACAUACUGAACAGAACAGUAAUGCCUACACAUCUUAUAAUGUCCUUUUUACAUCAAUGACAUUGAUAUUUUAUAGAAUUGUGGAUCAUAAUUUGGAUUUUUUUUUUUUUUUAAUACAAAAAUCUUAAAAUCUUCCUUUCAUGCGUGGUUCAGAAUUCUGUUGGUUGACCAGAAAAUGUAAUAUCUGAUACACAUGUUGCUAAGUUGAGAUUUAAUGAAAAUAUUACCAUUUGUUCUUUUGUGCAGCGGUAAUAAUGACUCCACUACCCGCAAACCCAGUGUGGGGCAGUCAGGGAGCUUGUGCAUUUCACUCACACUGUAGUAAUGUGUUCAUUGCUACUUGGCAUCUAUUUUAUUUUUUCAGCUGUUAUCAUAUUUUGUCAAGGAGGCCAACGUGCCUUUACUUUUGCCUCAUUUUCAUGUUUUCUAUAAAUUCUGUGUAACAGUGUAAAUGAGAAUCUGAAGUUGAUAGAUCUUUCCUGUGCUCCAUGCUAACCUUAAACAUUCACAGUGUGGACUGAUGGUAAACCAUUAGCAUUAUCCAAACAAAGAGUUCUGUAAAUGUUGGUGAAUUUCUUUAAACAACAUACUGUAACACACUGUCGCCACUGCUGGUGCAAAGGAAAUGUUACUGUGAAUAUUAUCACUGCUAUUAUCAAUAUUAUCACAUCCAUUUGAAGAUUGUUAAGAAAGGAAAGGCCCAAAGACAGUCAGAUGUUUUAUUGCCAUGCACAAAAUGCUGUAUUGUCAUUAUAAGUAUUUAAAAUUCAUCAUGUUCAUUUUUUUUCCUCGAUUGCAAGGCAAAGCAUUUAUAACGAAAGCAUGACUGAAAUGAAAUGUGAUGGUGAGAGUUUGUGCAGUUUUGAAACAUUGAUUCAUAAAAUGUGUGACGUUC